ACCGGGCGCGGGAUUCGGUCUCGGCGGUGCUGCUGGUGCCGCCCGCUCGGCUCACCAUGCGCGGCGGAGAGGGCCCGUCGCGGGCCCCGGUGCUGCAGUUCACCAACUGCCGACUCCUGCGGGGAGGGAGGCUGCUCAGGGAGGACCUGUGGGUUCGUGAGGGCCGCAUUCUGGACCCGGAAAAGCUGUUUUUUGACGAGCGGCGCUUGGCUGACCGGCAGCAGGACUGCGGAGGCUGCAUUCUGGCGCCGGGCUUCAUCGACGUGCAGAUCAACGGCGGAUUUGGCGUUGACUUUUCUCUGGCGACCGAGGACGUGGGUUCAGGCGUCGCCCUGGUGGCCCGGAAGAUCCUGUCACACGGCGUCACAGCCUUCUGUCCCACGCUGGUCACCUCCCCGCCCGAGGUUUAUCACAAGGUUCUUCCUCAGAUCCCCGUGAAGAGAGGUGGCCCCCAUGGGGCAGGGGUCCUCGGGGUGCAUCUGGAGGGUCCGUUCAUCAGCCGGCAGAAGCGAGGUGCUCACCCUGAGGCCUACGUCCGCUCCUUUGAGGCCAACGCCUUUCACGAUGUGCUGGCCACCUAUGGGUCCCUGGACAACGUCUGCAUCCUGACGCUGGCCCCUGAGCUGGACCGCAGCCACGAGGUGAUCCAGGAGCUGACAGCCCGUGGCAUCCGUGUGUCCCUUGGGCACUCGGUGGCGGACCUGCGGACGGCCGAGAACGCGAUGCAGAGCGGGGCAACCUUCAUCACCCACCUCUUCAAUGCCAUGCUGCCUUUCCACCACCGCGACCCGGGCAUUGUGGGGCUUCUGACCAGUGACCAGGUGCCCCCAGGCCGCCACAUCUUCUACGGGAUGAUUGCCGACGGCAUCCACACCAACCCUGCGGCCCUGCGCAUUGCUCACCGGGCCCACCCCCAGGGGCUGGUGCUGGUCACUGAUGCCGUCCCUGCCCUGGGUCUGGGCAAUGGCCGUCACACACUGGGGCAGCAGGUGGUGGAGGUGGACGGGCUGUCGGCCUAUGUGGCAGGCACCAAGACCCUCUGCGGCAGCAUCGCCCCCAUGGACACCUGCGUGCGGCACUUCCUGCAGACCACAGGCUGCAGUGUGGAGUCGGCCCUAGAGUCCGCGUCCCUGCAUCCCGCCCAGCUGCUGGGGCUGGAGAAGCACAAGGGGAGCCUGGACUUCGGUGCUGAUGCAGACUUCGUGGUGCUUGAUGACGCUCUUCACGUCCAGGCCACCUAUAUUUCGGGUGAGCGGGUGUGGCAGGCAGAGGUGGCCGGGCAGUGACUGAGGAUCGCAGCAGUGAGGAGGCCGGCGCCAGCUGGGCAGUCGGAUUGGGUCGUCAGGGAGCUGGUCUCUGGAGCGAGCAAGGCGUGAAUAAACCUGCAUCUA